UGGCGGCUUAAUGAAGUGAAAAAUUCACAGACAUCUUGAAGUUUAAAAGCAAAGAUCGCAAAAGUGUUUGCUCUGUAACGGGGAAUGGCUUCAAAACUUGAAAAGACGGUUAUCAGUUUAGCCAAAAAAGAGAACAAAGACGAGCUAGUGCGAACGUUGAAUGAAAUUAAGUUGGAAAAGCUUGGAAUUGUACUAACAUCUCGCGUGAAUGAAAAUAAUGGCGAUGUUGCUGAGUUCUUACGUGCAGUCUUUCAAGGAUCGCCGUCUGAGAGCGAGAAAGGUUCGGAAAGGCAAAAAUUUUUGUUUAAUCAUUGUAUGGAUAUAUUGAAGGAGGCUGAUGUGUCAUCCAAGCUUGCAACAGACUUUGUUGGAGUGCUACUUUUUGAGAUUGAUAAAAUUUCAAGUCAAUUAUUGUGUGAAUUGGGUGAUAAAAUUGUUGAGAGUGUUCGAAAAGGCUCGCUAAAGAAUGGAAGAGUGCUGCAGCUCUUUCCAAAAAUUUUAUCAUCCAUGGCUUCAAGAGAAUCCAUUCCACUUCCCACAGAUCAUGGUGGUGGGGAACUAAAGGGUAUUGAGUACAAAAGUCAAAUGAUUAACACUUUGUGUUCAACAAAGUGGCAUUCAAGCUGUGUGAUUCAUUUGGUUAACAUGUUCCGAGAAGUGACCUUAACAAACGAAGAAUUGAAAUUUGUCAUAGAAAAGAUUUUAAGGAUGUUUAAAAGUCUUGAACUGGAGGAAGUACCUCCAGUUGUUUAUCAAUUGUUGAUAUUAUGCACCAAAGGACAUAGGAUUUCAGUUCUGGAAGGAGUCAUCGACUACUUCACUUGUCUUGAUGUUGAAUGUGCUCAGAAUGAAGGGACGGCAAGAGAUGAAGAACUACAAGGUAUUUCUAGUGAUCAACUUCGGCAUACUGAGGGCAACGUUAUUUUACACAUCACCUUUGCAAUGAAACAAGAUCAGGAGCUCGGAAAAGAAUUUGUUAAGCACUUAAAGGCAAGCCAGCAACAUCCACAAAAGAUUCUCGUCGCUUUUAAUUUGGCUAUUGCAUUAUCUGUUGCCCAAAUUCAUCGCUUUGAAGAACCAAUUUUUGAUGUACUUAAAGCCGCUGUCCUGAAGUGUUUUAAAAGCAUUAGGCUAAGAAAUGCUUCAAAAUGGAUGCAAGAUAACGUCGAAAAUAUUCCAGAUAUAUCCAAAGAAAUCCUGCAAACGGUUCAGAAUAGCAUGUUUGGUUGGGAUCACGUUGCCCAGGGUAUCGUUCAACUCGGAUUCCUGUUGAUGGAUGCGUUUGGUUCAAAGAACCAUGAUGCAAGUAAUAUGGCGCAAUGCACUCCACAACAAGAAUCCUGUCAAUUGGGAAAUCAAAUCUUGUUAAAAACGUUCAAGGUCCAUGAUAAGAUUCGUACUGAAAUCCUCGAACAGAUUUUCAACAGGCUGCUCACAAAAGCGACCAGUACUUCCAAUCACUAUAUAGAUCUUCUUCAGAAAGCGGUUGUCUCUAAUCCUCAAGCUCUUCUGGAUUCCAUAUCUAAGGUGAAGGAGGCGUUCGAAUAUUUGUCGUGUUUGCCUUUCAUCACAGCUCGAGGCCUUUUGCAAGCUGUCCUGCCUCUCAUGAAGAUCAGCAUUACGCUAAGAGAUUCGUUGAUGCUCGUCUUGAGGAAAGCCAUGUUCUCGAGGAACUUGGAAGCACGAAAAAUUGCAGUUAGUGGUUUCCUUCUGGUGUUAAAACAUUUCAAGGUCCGUGCAAGCAACAUAACGUCAAGCCAAUCUUUAAGUCAGAGCAGUCAGUCUUCGGCCCAUUCAUCAAGUCAGAUUCAGGUGGAUGUUCACAACACCAGCAGUGGAGGCAACACGGGAAAUGAAGCUUUGUGUUUGGAAAUUUUAGGGGGGUUGCGUCGUUGCUUCAAUCAGCAGGCUGACGUCCGCAUUCUUCUUUACGAGGGUCUUUGCGAUGUUUUGAAUUUAAACUCUGAGUUGCAACAGUCAGCGAUGGAAAUCGUUCACAAACAAUUUUUAAAAUAUUAUGAACACGACGAGGAAAUUCUUCCGCCUCUAAAACUGGAUCCUUGUCUGACGGCAGCUGGCGAUCAGGUCUUCUUGGCUGAGCCAUUGGGACAUCUCCUGAGUUUACUUCAACAAAGCCUGGUCAGAAAUUUGAACAGUUCUGAACAAGAUGACCCAAUGGACACAGAUGAGACAGAGGAUUUAAAUCGUUUCACAGAAAAAUUAAAAGAGGAAUUUACCUCAUUGACACAACGCAUGAAUAAAAGCGAGCUGGAUGACUUUGAACUUGACAAGUCAGCAGAUUAUUCCUUGGGUAAUGGUGUGGGAGUGAAGAACAAUAUAUUCGCCUGUCUGGUCCUUGGAGUUUUUGAGGUUCUAAUGGAGCACGCGUUCACUGUUGGAGAUUUCAGCGAGGAAAGCUGUGAAAUGAUCUUGAGUUUGUUCAACAAAUACUGGAAACUCUCAAAUCUUCUUAAAGGGACGAACGCAAGCCAAGGGAAAAAGGCAAAGCAAUCUUCAUCAAAACAGAUUGCAAGAAGCCUGUUCUCUUUGAGUGCUAUAGCAAACAUUCUCAAGGCCGUAUUGAGCGAUGCUCUUCCCGGCCAUCAAGCCAGUCUGGACACUUUACGAAAUUCAGGCGACUUUGUUCAGUACAUUCUCACUGUAACACUGCAAAAACUCACUCAGAUAAAUGACAAUGGUUAUUGUGAUGGAGCUAAUGGGAAGAAUGCGGAGCAUGUUUAUCGCCAGUGCACGAAGAUUGCCCGAGUUUUGCUUAAGACGAUCAAUGGGGAAAGUUCCAUUACUAAGAACUUGGACAAAAUCGUCAGCCAUAGUUUGCAUAGCAUGUUCCUAGUGAUCAAUAUUAUUGGCAACAGAUAUCGCGAGAAGAUACAGAAAUUCCUGGCCGCCUUAGAUCGGGAUAACCAGGAACUUGAAGCGGUUGAUGAUGAGAAUGAACUAAUUCAUCGACACAUUACGAAAUAUCAGGUUUUAAUCGUGACGACUUUGGCUUCUCCCAGCGAUACGAUGUCAAUGAAAGACCUACCUCACAUGAUUAAUAUUAUAUCUUUAUUGACGCGAUGUUUGAAACCAGCUUUAGACAAGAUUUCGCAAGUCCAGUCUUGGGUCAAGAGAAUUUGCAUGGAAAACAAUAUUGACGAUGUGAAUGUUUCCAAGAGCUUUGUGUCCUUUAUGCUAAGUUUGACAACGCAAAGUAGCAGCAAACUCACUUUGGAAAAAGAGUUGGCCGCUGAUAUCCAUAAAAAUGUUGGUGAUAUUGACGAGGACAUUGAAAUGACUGAUGAUUCUUAUUUCGCAAUUGUCAACGAACGGACAGCAGCACCCAGCUUGUUGAUGGUCUUGUUAAGCCAGACCGACAAAGUGUUGGAUGAAAUAGACUGGUUUUUGGCGAAGAUAAAAGCUGAUAAUACCAAGACUUCAUUGCAAAACGAAGAAGAAGAGGACGAUGCUAGUCCAUCGUCGCCAAGAAGCGGUCAAGAGAAAUCAGUUUGUGAUCGGAUAACAAGCAUAGUGCAUGCAUUUCAUGAACUUGUGCAAUCUGCAAUUCCAGUUGGGACGUGUACAGAACUUUUGCUAAAGACACUAACGAAGUUUUAUUCCACUCUGGGUGUCAUAGCUAAAUAUUAUCUGUCAUUGUAUGCUCAAAAAAGGGGUCAUGUAACUCCAUCGUUUGAGAAAAUGGUGAAAUGCUCUGGAACUCAGCUUUCCCAGCAAGUGUACGCGUUCCUAACAUACGUUCAAACUGCCGAGCAAGAAACGCGAGGAAAAGCAAAAGAUAAAGUUUCGACAAGAGCUGGAAACUUAACCAAGGUACGAGUAAUGAAGGAAAUGAAGUCUGUUCCGAAUCUGAUCUAUGCGGUUGAACAAUACGAACGGUAUCUUAUUCAGCUGACAAAGAAAUCAAAGGUAAAUUUUAUGGAACAUUUUAAGCGAAGCACUUCGAGAGAUUUUCGAAUCAACGGCGCAACUCUCGAUGCUGCUCUGAGAGAAGAUUCAAGUGAAGACGAAGAAGAACCGGAUACGGCAAAAGAGAACGAGGAACCUCCAAAGAAGAAGGGUAAAAAGUAGUGCGCUUGGUAACUUGUUGAUUUUCAAAAUUCUGUUUCAUUUUUACUUUAUAUAUAGUUGUAAAUAAGUUCGAGUUACCCCAGGGACGCUAUGACAAACGUUGUUGAAGAAACAUUUUAUUAUGAGACAUGUUUCUAAAGAAUAAUAACAGAUAUUCUACAGAUUUAUGGCGAUUCACGUGGU